UGAUAAUUCCUUUUCCCAAAAAUUGUUUUUCUCUGUUCUUAAAUCCCUUCCUGUGUUGAGUAGUGGUGAGACCAGGCCUAUUUUAGAUUUUUUUUUACAGGCUGAGCGCCUCGCUAAAUUGAAUCAGGUGUCAGCUGGCACCUUUAUGAAGGCUCUGCUUAGUAAGUGUACUGGCGUGUAUGUGUCUAGGUUAACAGAGGCUAUUGUACAGAAGAUAGAUUUCCAUACAUUUAAGAUGUCGGUACUUCGUGCUGUGUGUCCACCGCGUGUCAUGGACAAAUGUAAGCCCGAUUUGAUUUUCAGGUUUCAGCGUCCUAAUGAGUCAGUUACUCAAUAUAUUGAUGAGGUUGUCACCUAUGCCGAUGUUUUUGAGAUUGACAUCGCUGAGCCUGAGUUAGUACAGCUUAUUUUAGGCAACUUUGCACCUCAUUUGCUUACCCACUGUGGUAUUUUAGCUCCACAUACCACCUUUAAUGCCUUGCGUGCUUGGGGUAGUGAGGUAGAGGCCCGGUUAUUAGCGGUGUCUAAAUACGAAGCUGAGUUCUCGCCUCCCCCCAGGUCUGCGUCCAUGUCGCGUGUUCGUGAAAGGGGAUUUCACACCCUAGAGGCUACCUCAGACUUUCGUGGCUGUGACGCACACGAUGCUGACUCUAGUGUUUUACACACGUAUGGAGAUAAUAGUCUUCAGCAUUCUUCUUUUUCACCAUGCUUUCAUGACAGCUCAUGUGUGGGGUGUUCGCCACCACGUAGGUUCGACAUUAGCUCGCGACCGCGCUUUCCCGCGGGCGGCGCGAUUAGUGUAAUUCCUCCCGGUGGCUGUCAGUCCACCCUGCCUCCUAAGACUACGCAGCAGCGUGGGCGUUCGACUGGGGGCGCUGUUGUCAGUUCUGCGCAGCAAUUACAGGACGUUGUUGUGCAAAUUGUUGUGUGUUUGUACAUGUGACUGAGGACUGUGAUCAGGCACGCAUUGAUGUUAAUGCCCGUAGAUGUUUUUCUUGUAAGGGAUUGGGUAAUUACCGAAGUAAUUGUCCGGGAAAACGGCCAUUGACAGGACGGAAAAGAGGUCGUUACUGUCGGUUCUAUAAAAAAGCCUCUAGCUCUGUUUUUCUAAAUUUUUUGUCCGUGUGUAUUCACGAGCGUUCUUUUUCGGCCUUAGUUGAUACCGGUGCCACGUGCUCGGCUAUUACUGAGACAUUUCUUCAGAAUUUAAUUGAAACAUUUCCUAAGUUUUCUUUUCGUGUAUUUUCUGAAAACCAGAUUAAUAUUUGUGUGGCGAAUGGCGAGUGCCUUCGCGCAUUUAAGUUCGUGGAUAUUCAUUUCAAGACUAAGCAUUUUUCCUGGAAUUGGAAGUUUACUGUCGUGUGGGUCUUUCACCUAAUUUUAUUUUGCGUUUAGAUUUUUUGAGCAAGGCAAGCUGUGUCCGGGAUGUGGGCCAGCAUGAGCUCCGGUUUGACGUUGCUCCUUCUGUGAAAACUCCCUUAAGAUCGCAGCCUAGUAAUUCCGUUAUUUUUGAGUGUCGCGAUGCCGAUAGCAUUGCUCAAAGGCACGCUAUUGCCAACCUAGUUCACACUUUUUCUGAUGUCAUCACCUCUAAAUAAGGAAACUGUGACAUUUUGCCCUAUAAGUUCUACUUAAAGGAUAAAGUUCCCGUCCCCACUAAAUAUCUCAAGGUUUCUCCCCCAAACUUCAGGCCAUGCGUGACAUCGUAGUUAAGCUCUUAGCCUCUGGUGUAAUUUCUCAUUCUACAUCUGAUUUUUGCACUCCUACUUUUUUAGUGCAUAAAACAGAUUGUGCGAGCUGGUGUAUGGUACAUAACUACAUUCCUUUGAACCAUAAAAUUGCUAAGGACGAUGUUUAUCCGCUCCCCACUGUUGAGUGUGCCCUUUAAUAUCUAGGUAAGGCCAGACAUUUUUCGGUUAUUGACAUAAAUCAAAGUUUUUACCAGUGCCCUUUGGAUCCCAGUUGCUGUAAAUAUACCACAUUUCAACUCCUUUUAGCCAUUUUGAAUAUAAUCGUGUGACUAUGGGUUUUAGUUUGGGCAGUCAGGCUAUGAGCCGGAUCCUUGAUAAUGUCUUAUCUGAUCUCAAGUAUGAUUAUGUGUUUAAUUAUAUCGAUGACAUCAUUGCAUAUAGCAACACUUUAGAGGAUCACAUUAUUCACCUGACUGAAGUCCUUUAUCGUUUACGAGGGGCUAAUCUCACUUUUAACCCCCAUGAAAGUUACAUUAGGAAAAAGUCUGUUAAAUUAUUGUGUAAUGUUAUUUCACAGGGUACCUUCCUUAUGGAUCCUGACAAGAUUGCCCCUAUCAUCCAGUUUCCUAGGCAUGUAAAUUAAAAGGAGUCCAACAUUUUUUGGGUGUGUUAGGUUAUUUCUCCAGGUUCAUUAAUAAUUUUGCCUCUUUAUCUGCGCCUUUAAAUGUUUUACGUAAUAAGGAUUCAGUUUUUGAGUGGGGUCCCGAACAAGAGAAAUCUUUUCAGACGUUGAAGUCUUGUAUGGUUUGUUUCUUUUUUUGCAUGCAUUUUGGGGACUCCGGCAACCAGAUGGAUACACCGUUUGUGGAGAGACGACCUAAUUCAGGUCCUGACCGAGGAAGCUGUUCAGUUCGAGGAGGACGGUACCGUAGCUACCCUUCGUGGUUUGCUCGUCCAGCACAUGCGAGGUGCCUGGGAAUCAUCAGAAGAGAUAUUCUGGCGGAGAUCACGCAGCGUGACGGAGUGGCGAGUCGAGCGCCGGCAGGCCUGGUCUUGGCUCCCGCGGGGGUGGAACAGGUCUGGAACAGUCUUCCCUGGUGAGAGCAAUGGCCGCCUCUAUACUACGUCACACACGGUUGUUGAUACUGGAAGGUUUUUCACACUGGGCCACUUCUUUCUGCAGAGUAUCGCGGGUGGCCUGUCUCAAGGCGUCGCGAGGGCCGCGCUGAGAGAGGCGCGCACGCCAGUACACACAAGAAAGAGAAUUGACACAUCGGAGAUACAAGGUCGUCGACCCGGCGACAAUGCGCUGCUCCCAGGCGGAUCUGCAAGUACAAGCAGGGUCAGGGCGCUUGCGCCGGCUCGGCUCUGCACUGGCGGUCUGGACGCGCGCUCGUCGCUUCUUCGCUGCCGACUCCUCGGCAGCUCCUUCGAUGACUGCAGCAACUGGCGGAGAGAUGGAGGCUGGCGCGAGGCUGAAGCAGCCCUUCCUGAGCGGUCUGGCGGAGGGCGAGGCGCGCAGCUCCCGGCAAGAGCUCGUCUCGCAGCUCAGGCUCUGGCUGGACCGCCAGCCGCACCUGCCGCAGCUCACAGUCGCUACGACAAUGUGGAGAAGACGAAGCAAGCUAUUGAGUCUUACUGCACUUUGAAGACUUUGACUCCAGAGAUUUUCAGCAACAGAGACGUUCUUGGCAAAGAUAUUCAGGACAUGGUCGAUAUAUGCGAAAUAGUGAUGCUGCCUGCGGCGACCGCGGAAGGAUACCGUGUGCUGAUGUUCCGGUUCACCGACUACUCCGCCAGCAAGUACUUCCUGGUGCCGUCCUUAAAGGGAUUCUGCAUGAGCUGCGACUUCCACAUCUCCGAGAACGGCCUCUUGCCCGGGGUUGUGGCCGUGUUCGACAUGAAGGGCUUAUCCAUCUUCCAUAUUUUCAGAAUCCACCCCUUUAGCAUGGUGAAGAAGAUCCUGCACUAUCUCCAGGACUGCCUCCCAGUCAGAGUCAAAAGUAUCCACCUCAUCAAUGCAAUAUUUCUGGCGGGAAAAUUGCUGGCCCUUAUUAAGCCGUUUUUGAAGAAAGAGUUGGCAGAAAUGAUACAUGUCCACUCCUCGGUAGAAGGGUUACGUGAAUUCCUGCCGCUGGACAUUCUGCCGAGCGAGUAUGGCGGUCAGACAGAGUCCAUGACGCGACUUUAUGAUGAACAGAAAUACAAGUUUGAGACGGAGUACGGGGAGUGGUUCAGACAAGGAGAAGACGUGAGAUCCGACGAGUCAAAAAGGCUUAAGUAAUUUUGUGCGAUGUGUUUGUAAAGAUGGUGUAGAGUUAAUGUGUUAUAAAUUAUUUAUAUUUUUCAUGAAUAAUAUAACUUAUAAAAUCUCAUCGACCUCUAUAUAUAUAUAUAUAUAUAUAUAUAUAUAUCAGGAUGAAAGAAAUAUAUUAUAAGCAAACUGGAACAAGAGCUGUUACUUCACUGAAAUUAGUUUUCUGUUUUCCUGAAAAUUUUUAUUUUAAAAGUGAAGAAAAAUAAUUUUUUUUA